UGAGCAGAUGCCAAUCAGCUGCUGCGACCUCUUCACCUCGGAACGAAAGGACGGGGGAGUCGGGCGUCCGCUCUUGUGCUGAAUAAAUUAUUAUUUUUGUGGUAAAGGCUUACUAAAACCUUCAAAAUGUUCUCUAGAUUUGUUCGCCCGCAAAAUGUCAGCUCCCUGAAGUCAGCGGCUAGGAGCUUCUCUGUUUCCAGUCAGAAUCAGCACAAGGUGGCGGUGAUGGGCGCCAGCGGCGGCAUCGGCCAGCCGCUGUCGCUGCUCAUGAAACAGGCGCCGCAGGUCAGCCAGCUGUCCCUCUACGACAUCGUGCACACGCCCGGAGUGGCGGCCGACCUGAGCCACAUCGAGUCGCCGGCCAAGGUCACCGGCUUCGUCGGACCCGACCAGCUCAAGGCGUCCCUGGAGGGCUGCGAGGUGGUUGUCAUCCCCGCCGGCGUGCCCCGCAAGCCCGGCAUGACCCGCGACGACCUCUUCAACACGAACGCCUCGAUCGUGCGCGACCUGUGCAAGGCGGCCGCCGAGGUCUGCCCCAAGGCGUUCGUGGCCAUCAUCUCGAACCCGGUGAACAGCACCGUGCCCAUCGCCACCGAGGUCUACAAGAAGGCCGGCGUGUACGACCCCAAGCGCAUCUUCGGCGUGACCACGCUGGACAUUGUGCGCGCCAACGCCUUCAUCGGCGAGAUCCUGGGUGUUGACCCGCGCGAGGUCAACUGCCCGGUGAUCGGCGGCCACGCCGGCGUCACCAUCAUUCCGCUGGUGUCACAGUGCACCCCGUCCGUGUCGCUGCCCGCCGACCGGCUCAAGGCCCUCACCGAGCGCAUCCAGGACGCCGGUACCGAGGUGGUGAAGGCCAAGGCCGGCGCCGGCUCCGCCACCCUCUCCAUGGCCUACGCCGGCGCCCGGUUUGCAGUGUCGCUGCUGCGCGCGCUCGACGGCGAGGAGGGCAUCGUCGAGUGCUCGUACGUGCGCUCAGACGUCACCGAGAGUCCCUACUUCUCCACGCCCAUCCUGCUCGGGAAAAAUGGCGUUGAGAAGAACCUGGGUCUGGGCACCCUGACCGACUUCGAGAAGGAGCUGGUGAAGGGAGCGCUGCCUGAGCUGCUCGCCUCCAUCAAGAAGGGCGAGGACUUUGUCGCCAAGAACUAGGACGGCCCGAGUGAGCCGCGUUUUUAGAGUCUGUUACGGUGGCGGACGGAGUGCCGGCCGGGCGCGGCGGUGCACCGACUCCCCUCGGGCGGAAGGGGCUGCAGUGGCCCGGCCCCGCCGGCACUAGCAGGGACGGGAGAGGUGCGCCAGCACGCCCGGGCCGGCCGGGACGGGGCGGGAGGACGCCGGUGUGUGUGACUGCUCGUGUGUGCGCGUGCUGCUGUCAUUGUGUACCGAGAUGCGAUCAUCGAACCCAUCAGUCACCUGAACUGGGGAUAAAAUGCAUACCGAAUUCGAUGCAUUUUAUCCUGGCGCUAAAGGUGGUCCGCGCGGAGCCCCUCAGGCGGUGGCUGAACAGUCGCGAUAUUUAUGACUGUCGCUGCCGAAUAAAUUUAGCGGCACGUGACCACACGUGCUCAACAGACCCA